AUGGGCUCUCGCUAUACCUUGGCCCAGAAUAGGGCAGCGUUGGAGGAGUUUGUCCGUCACCCGGUCCGCUCCUAUAUGAUUCAACACCUGGCGAAGCAAGCCUCGCAGGUCAUCCGAUGCGAAGACCCAGUUCCUACUCCCGGAAACAGCCUUCCCACUCCUCCUUCAACGCCACCUCACGCGUGCUCAGAAUCCGUCCAACAACCACCCUUGCCGACCCUAGAACAGUUCAUCAAUUCCUUGGUCCAGAAAUCCUCCGUCCAGGUCCCGACUUUGAUGACUUCUCUGGUCUACCUCGCUCGUCUCCGGUCAAGGUUACCUCCCGUGGCGAAGGGAAUGCGUUGCACCGUCCAUCGCAUCUUCUUAGCCUCUUUAAUACUGGCGGCCAAGAACCUGAACGACUCGAGCCCAAAGAACAAGCAUUGGGCACGAUACACUGCAGUCAAGGGCUUCGACGGCUUCGGGUUUGGUUUGGCGGAGGUGAACCUGAUGGAGAGACAACUCUUGUACCUCCUUGAUUUCGACACCAGAGUGACGGAGCAAGAUCUUUUGGAGCAUUUCGAACCAUUCCUCGCCCCUAUCCGCUUCCAGAUGGAACUUCAGCGGGAAGAGGCAGAAUUGACAAGCCUCCACAGAGUCUGGCAUUCUCACCAGACUUCCUACGACUCCAGCGUCUCGCUCCCGCCAGCUCGCAAGGAACACAUCCUCCGCAGUGUUGCGACACCCCCUCCAAGAGCCACGGGCGUCUAUGAUUCACCUGCCUCUUGUGUUGACGAAGAACUUGCAUACGGCCGUUACCCACGUCAGAAAGCCAACAACAGUUCUCUGUCACUGCCGGCUCAAAGUCACAAUAGACGAUGGGCAUCACCAUUCCGUCAUCACGGAAGCACCCGAUCUGUUUCGCCGCCUUCUAUUCGGGACCUGCCUCCACUGGUUUCAUCGAGCAGGCCUGGGAACAUGCAUAGUCACUCCAGCUCCAGAUCAUCUUCCAUGGCGCCAUCGCUAAGAUCCCGGUCCUCAUCAAUUGCUCCGACUUCUCGGGGCACCCCGUACAGUACAUCAUCAGGCAUUGAUGACUCGAUUGUUGUGGUGGACCUAACUGAAAGCCCCGAUGCCUCAUACCACAGUGCCUACACUAAGGCGAUGGUAGCAUCCAGACCGAGCCUCAAAGGCCACCAGACAAGCUUCCAGGGCGAAAGCCAGCAGCCAGCGAAGAAAGUCAGGGCUGACUCUGGGGUCGGUGGUGUGAUGGCCAGAAUAUUCAGCUCGGCCACCAGCAACUACAGGCUUGGAAGGACGCCGGUACAAGUUGCUUAG